AACGCGAAACGGCAAGACGUCACUGGUUACUAUAACAACGCUAUAACAGCGUCUCUUAGAUUCUUGCGGAGGAAAACAAACAUGGCGGAAAGUCGCGGGAAUACAGAGACGGGAAAAGACAAGGGGCAGGAAGAGAUAUCUGGAAAUGUGAGCAAGCUGGCCGUUUCUCCACAUGGUUAUUAUGGUCAACUAAAAAAGGGUCAUUUGAUUUUUGAUGCCUGCUUUGAAAGUGGUAACCUUGGCAGGAUUGACUAUAUUUCUGAAUUUGAAUAUGACUUGUUUAUUAGACCUGAUACCUGUAACCCACGGUUUCGAGUUUGGUUCAACUUCACAGUGGAAAAUGUGAGAAAAUCGCAGAGAGUUAUUUUUAACAUUGUCAACUUCAGCAAAACAAAAAGCCUUUACCGAGAUGGAAUGGCCCCAGUAGUGAAAUCAACAAGUCGGCCUAAGUGGCAAAGGCUCCCGUCCAAAAAUGUGUAUUAUUAUCGUUGCCCUGAUCAUCAUAAAAACUAUGUCAUGUCGUUUGCCUUUUGCUUUGACCGAGAUGAUGAUGUUUAUCAGUUUGCCUACUGUUACCCAUAUACUUAUACACGCCUUCAGCAUUAUUUGGAGAAUCUGGACAAAAGGAACCUGGAUUAUGUUCAAAGGGAGCUACUUGGUUAUAGUGUGCAACAACGGAGAGUUGACCUCCUCACUAUUACCAACCCUGCGAACCUGGUGUCUGAAGAUGAGCAAAAGGUUGCGUUUAUAAGCGCUCGAGUACACCCUGGGGAAACGCCUUCAUCCUUUGUGUGUCAGGGUAUCAUUGAUUUUCUUAUAAGCCAGCAUCCUGCCGCCAUAUCUCUGAGAGACCGUUUGGUUUUCAAGAUAGCACCGAUGCUUAAUCCAGAUGGAGUUUACUUUGGAAAUUACAGAUGUUCACUAUUGGGUUUUGAUUUAAACCGCCAUUGGCAAGAGCCAUCGCCUUGGGCCCACCCAACAUUGUAUGCGGUAAAAAGGCUUAUUGUGGAGAUGCACAACUGUGCGAAAACCAGCCUUGAGUUCUAUAUUGACAUUCAUGCUCAUUCGACCAUGAUGAACGGAUUCAUGUAUGGGAAUAUUUUUGAGCGGCAAGAUCUAUUUCAGAAACAGGCUAUUUUUCCGAAGCUGCUGUGCCGGAAUGCUGAAGAUUUCUCUCUAACCAAUACUUCCUUUAAUAAAGACAUCGUAAAGGCUGGAACAGGACGCCGUUUCUUGGGGGGCCUCCUUGAUGACUCUUCAUAUUGUUAUACGUUGGAGGUCUCCUUCUACAGCUAUAUGCAAGGCGGUACCAGCGUGGCUAUCCCCUACACUGAAGAAACUUAUAAGAAAUUUGGAAGGAAUGUAGCAAAGACCUUCAUGGAUUACUACCAGUUAAACAGCUCCAUAACAGCAGGACCUGAAGCUCCAAUAACACGAGAGAAAUCACCUGGCGUUGCAGCAGUGCACCAGCAAGGAGCAGGAGGAUCCCAAAAAGGCCAAAAAAGUUUACUUACCACUAAGGAGCACCCAAAAUGAUUUUAAGAUUGAGCCAUGCCUACAAAGUCUGAGCCAACAAGGAGCUAGUUAUCGUCAAUCUAUAAAAUAAAUAAUAGACUAAAAGAGAAAUUAUUUUCUUCAUCAUAAACAGUGGCAUGCAGUGAAGAAAUAUGCAACCUUAAAGGAGAAGGAAAAGCUUGUAGCACUUGGGGUUGCCAAAUGUUAGGCACCCCAAGUGAUUGUAGUUACUUACCCCUGGCAAGUGCUCCUAUCUAUCAGAAGAAAAAUGCACUGGCCCAGGGUUAUACCAGUGAGCACCACAGAUCGAUCCUCUUUCAUCUUCUUCUGUCUUCAAAUUUCCAGGAGCAAACACGUGUGCAGCUGUGUGAAGGAGGAAGACUGAAGAAGAUCGCUCCAUGGUGCUCACUGGUAUAAUCCCGGGGUUUCAGGUAAGUAACUACAAUCACUUGGGGGUGCCUAACAUUUGGCACCCCCAAGUGCUGCAAGCCGUUUCUUCUCCUUUAAUGAAAAUGUCAUGGAAAUUGUAUUUCAAUGCUGUCUAUACAUUUAAAAGGAAAUAUAAUUGCUUGGUGAUGAUCAUUAUUAAAGUUGGAAUGUUGUAAAA